ACGUUUCCGAGACGGAAACCGAUUUUUGAGUUUUCAAAUGCAGUUGCGUCCGCACACACCGUGUCAGAGCAGUGUCAUCACGCCCCAAAUUUACGAACACCGCCCUCUCUCUCUCUCUGCGCUUCUGCGAGAGAGAAAAAAAAACACUUGUUGUCGCCACGAUUUGUCGUCGUAGAGAAUAGAAAUUGAAGUGCCCAAGUCUCUCUGUCUGUCAGCUUAGUUGGAGCCUUUCGGUGGUGUUGGUUGUGGUCGUGGUGGCUGCUGCGGUGGUCCGCUUGAAGACUGCGUGCGGGUUUGUUUCUGCGGAAGGAGAGCACCCAUGGCGGACCUGGCCGAGAGGAAGGACGAUGGCGAGAUUGGUGUGAACCCGGACGGUAGUACGGAUGAAAGGGCGGCAAGGAAGGCGAAAGUAAAUGAUAUCUGGGAGAAGUUAAAAGUGAAGGAUCCCUUACCUGCCAAGACGGUCUUGCCGAAGACGAAGAAAGUGUCGAAAUCUAGCAAGCCAUCCAAAGCUGUGCCGAGUUGGAUGGUGUCUCUUGGAAUUGCACCACCGAAAGGAUCCAAGUUAGUUUCAGACCAAGGUGAGAAAUUGCUGAAGGUAACGAACGGAACUGCUGAUAAUGGCCUGAAUAAGGGUAUUCAGGCAACCACUGCUCAUGACCAUGUGGAAGUAAAAGAAAGUGCUCGAAAUGAGGCGGAGAUAAAGGAAAUAAGCACUUCUUCAGGAUCCGACUUAAAAGUUAAUGAGGUACUCAGUAGGCUAAGGGAAGGAGCAGACACUACCACAAGCUCAAAUUUAAAGACUUCCGAAGAUUCUAAGGAUUCCACGGCUGCCCAAUCAUCGAGACGAAAAUCAGAGAUGCACGCUUCAUCGUCAUCUGGGCUGGAUAGUAUCUUACAGCAGAUUUGUAAAAAACAGAAGCCCAAUAUUUUGGAUAGAAGUAGAAAGGAUUGGGGGCAGUUUAAAGAGGAGAAGGGAAUAGAAGAUGAGCUCGAAGCGUACAAGAAAAGUGGAGACAAAUAUUUGGAUAAAGUUGCCUUUCUCCAACGGUCUGAUCUUCGAGAGUACGAGAAAGAGAGGGAUGCUCGCCUCGCUCUUCAAUCCAAACAGCGAUCUGAAACCGCUUCAUUGAAUUAAAAGCUCUAUCCAAAAUAAUUAUACUAGUUGGCCUUUUUGGAGGGGGGGGGAGAAUGCUUGACUUUGUCCCUGUCUGCGUCGUUACAAUGCUCGCGCUCUCCUUCCCUCGCGCCCUGUAGAUCCUCAGGCAUCUCUGUAGGGUUUACCGGAUAUACGUCUUUCGCAGAUCUGUUGCAGCAAUUGGAACCGUCAGUUACAUCAGACGGAAUGUUUGACACGAAUAUCAAAGCCAUAGUAGGUAUUCAUAGUUGACUGAAUGGGAGUCGUUCCAUGAUUUAAGGGACUCUUCCUAAGCUUUUGUUGUUUAGCUCAGGUCAGAAUUGACUCGGAGGGAAAGCAGUAGACUAGUUGCUUCCACAUAGAACUAGCGUGUUUAAAGCAAACAUAAGAAAAAUGUGUAGAUACCCGAACGGCGUAGAACUCAGCCGUAGUCCUCUGAAUGUAGUUGUGCUACCUUCCACGCAAGCAUUGUAAGUGCUUCCUGCUGUUCAAAGUUGCGUUCUUGAUAUAUGGUGCUGUGGUCGAUUACUGCACCGACCUUCGGAGAA